AUGGCCCAGGGAAUGAGCCUCGAGGGCAUCCUAAGCGGAGUCGCAAAGCUUCAAGAUGUAGCCGCGGUGAAGUCUUACUUUAUGGCGGUGGUGGCGGCGCAGCAGAAGGAAAUCCAUGAGACGAAGGCGCAGGUGGACGACUUCAGAGCCAUACACAACUUCGAAAACCUAUACGACAAAGCGGGCUCAUUCACCGCACUCAUCGACCCGGUUGUGAACUCCGAGAUAUUACAUCUCAGGCGCAUGCUGCGGAACAAGGAUGAGGAGCUUAGAGCCACAAACGAUGCCAUUGAUGCGCGAACAUUCAACCCGCAAAGCACUGUUGGACAGGCGUUGCUCAAGAAAUGCCGCAUGUUCGCCGCAGAAAACGAGGAAUUGGGUCGGAUAUUGCUGGAGGGGCAGAUACAGCCGCUCACGCUGGACCUGAACAAAGAGAGGGAGACCACCAGGGUGCUCAAACACCAAAUUAGGGCGGUACACCAGUACAACGCGGAACUCGAGGCGGAAGUUGAACUCUUGAACAACCAAUUAUCGGAACACUCGCGGCAGAUAGAGGCGCUGCAGAAGGAAUACGACGCGAUGGUCGCGAAGCUGCGCUCGCCGCAAGCAGCUGCCGAAUCGUCACCGGCGCAUAAACGUUCCAGCCAGUCGCCGCGUAGGAAGUCUAGGGACGAAAGGUCGCACAAAUCCGACAGGGAUGGGCGCCAUGAAAAGGAAAGGAAAGAUGAAAAGUCGAGCAAGGAAGAUAGGGAAAGCCGUGAUGAAAGGUCACGCAGAAGUGAUCGCCACGAAUCCGACAAAAGAGAAAGCAAGCAUAGCUCGUCACGGAAGGACGAUAAGUACGAUUCGGAUAGGAAGUCUGACCGCCAUGAAAGCUCUAGGAAGAGCGAUAAAAGUGACACCAAGAGGAGCGACAAGUAUGAGUCCAAGAAGGACGAUCGCCGCGGUCAUUCCAGGAAAGAGGAGAAGUCACGCCGAGAUGACUCUCGUGGACGCAGCCCGGGAAAACGGAGCAGAGAUGAGUCAAGAAGCAGACGUUCGCCACAUCGCAGCAGGAGGUCAAGGUCGUCACACUCUCCACGCUCAUCGAGGAGGUAA